AAGUCACCAAUCUUCAAUUUAAAUCGGUGAACCUUUCUGAGCAGAGUAGUUGACGUACAUCAGCCAGAAUGGUGAGCAGAAGAGUGCUGUUCCUGGUUUGCGCCCUCCCCUUCUUGACCACGUGUCUUGGGGCCAGAGUUGGAGGAAGAGGGGCGAAGCAGAGCAGGCGUGGGAGGAUCUUCAAUUCGCCGAUUAUUGUGAGACAUAGACAUCCGGCAUCUGUGACUUAUUACGAGAAUAAGGAUGGUGCAAGAAUCACAAAGGCAAGCCAUUUCGAAUUGGACUACAUGUUGGGAAGAAAAAUUACUUUUUUCUGUAUGGCUCAAGGGUUGCCAAGACCAGAAAUCACGUGGUUCAAGGACGGAAUUGAACUCUACGCACACAAGUUUUUCCAGGUCCACGAAUGGUCAAUCGGGAACGAUACACUCAAGAGCAAAAUGGAGAUAGAUCCAACGACUCAGAAAGACGCAGGGUAUUACGAGUGUCAAGCAAAUAACAAAUACUCGAUCGAUUCUAGGGGUUUUCGAACGGAUUAUGUAAUGAUUGCAUACUAAUAUACCUACUAUUUUUUUUUUUAGAAACUACUAUCAGACAUAAUAAUAUAUUCACACAAUUGUCACAUUCGUUCAAUUCUAUCAUACGUGAAUUGAUAAAUGUGCUUUGGUUCUUAUAAUAUUUUUCAUUUUGAUUAAAAAAAAUUUCAAAGUA